UUGCAAAAUCCAGCAAGCUUUUUCUCAGAAAUGUCUACAUAGCCUACGAGCUCAUCCUCCUUAGUAUUCUGCUCCACUCCAGGACUAUGCCAAUCUGUGGCCAUGCUCCUACCAGCCGGUCAUUUCCUGUCCCUCCUGCUGGUGAUAGGCACAGGGAGCUCUGUGCCCAGCCCCCGGGUGCGUCCCCAGGGCUGCUAUGUGGCAGAGGAAGCCGGUAAUCGGACGUUCCGCUGCAGCCAGGCCGGCCUGAGUGCCGUUCCCACCGGCAUCCCCAACGACACCCGUAAGCUCUACCUGGAUGCCAACCAGCUGUCAUCGGUGCCAGCUGGUGCCUUCCAGCACCUGUCUGUCCUGGAGGAGAUGGAUCUGUCCCAUAAUGCCCUUGCCUACCUCUCAGGGGCUGCUUUCCAGGGCCUGGCAGGUACUCUGCGCCACCUCGACCUCUCUGCCAACCAGCUGGCCUCGGUGCCCGUGGAGGCUUUCGUGGGGCUGCAGAUCCAAGUGAAUCUGUCUGCCAACCCGUGGCACUGUGACUGUGCCCUCCAGGAAGUGAUCAGGCAGGUGAGGCUGGUGCCGGGCAGUGGGACAGGCAUAGUAUGCGGCCCGGGAGCCCGACCAGACCUCGUGGGUCAGGAGUUCCUGCUUCUAGCGAGGGAGGAAGAAUUGUGUGGAGCAAGGUGGGGCAGGGCCCAGAGGAGCACCGACGUGGCCCUGCUGGUCACCAUGGGGGGCUGGCUGAUGCUCGUGGUGGCUUAUCUGGCCCACUAUGUGUGGCAGAACCGGGAUGAGACCCGGCGCACCAUCAAGCGGGCCCCUGUGCUGCCCGUGCGCUCCGAGGACUCCUCUACCCUCAGCACUGUAGUCUGA